AUGAUCUGUGGGAGAGCCAAAACGAAUCCAAAUCCAUUUCUCCAUUAUGCUAAUAAUCGAUCCUUAUUCCACUCUAACAAACCUCGACUCCAUGAAAGACCAACUCCGAAGUUUCGCAGGCGCAUUCCUUUCGUCACGGAAGUCAAAACAGUGGAGGACCCGGAAGAAGCCUUGUCUCUCUUUCACCGUUACAAAGAACAGGGUUUCCGCCACUAUUACCCUUCCUAUGCUGCAUUGCUAUACAAACUAGCCCGUUCUAGAAUGUUCGAAGCCGUCGAAACCAUUCUCGCUCACAUGAGAGACACCGAUAUGCAAUGCAGAGAAAGGGUCUUCAUUGCUCUCUUUCAAUAUUACGGUCCCCAAAAGUCGGUUGAACUCUUCAACAGAAUGCCCCAGUUUAACUGUGUCCGCACGAUACAGUCCUUCAACGCUCUUCUCAAUGUUCUAGUGGACAAUAAUAGGUUCGAUGAGGCCAAUGAUAUUUUUGGUCUAUCCCAUGAAAUGGGUUUUCGCCCAAACACCGUAACUUUCAAUAUAAUGAUCAAGGGGUGGUUGGCAAAGGGCGAGUGGGGGAAAGCGUGUGAGGUGUUUGAUGAAAUGCUUCAGAAGAGGGUGCAACCGAGUGUAGUCACUUACAAUAGUCUUAUCGGGUUUUUGUGUAGGAAAGGUGAUUUGGAUAAAGCAAUGGCCUUGCUUGAGGACAUGGGCCAGAAAGAUAGACGCGCAAAUGAAGUAACUUAUGCUUUGUUGAUGGAGGGUUUGUGCUCUGUGGAAAAGUAUGAUGAAGCUAAGAAGCUGAUGUUUGAUAUGGCGUAUCGUGGGUGUAAACCCCAGCCCGUGAAUUUUGGUGUUUUGAUGAAUGAUCUUGGGAAGAGAGGAAAGGUUGGAGAGAUCAAGUCUUUGCUCCAUGAGAUGAAGAAAAGGCGGCUUAAGCCAGAUGUUGUAACUUUCAACAUAUUGAUAAAUUAUCUUUGCAAGGAAGGUAAGGCAGUGGAAGCUUACAAAGUUUUACUUGAGAUGCAGAUUGGGGGAUGUGAGCCCAAUGCAGCUACAUACAGGAUGAUGGUUGAUGGUUUGUGCCGGAUAGGGGAUUUUGAGAUGGGUCUUAGUGUUUUGAAUGCCAUGCUAACAAGUAGACAUUGUCCACGUUCGGAAACAUUUAAUUGUCUGGUUGUUGGUCUGUUGAAAUCUGGGAAUAUUGAUGCUGCCUGCUUUGUUCUGGAAGAGAUGGAAAAGAGGAAGGUAGAAUUUGAUUUGGGGAGCUGGGAAACCAUAAUAAAGUUUGCCUGCAGUGAGGAUAAGGGUGUUACUGAGCUUAUGACUCUACUUACAUUUCCCUGA